UUGAGCAGUGCUCUGCAUUAUGCGCUCGCGAAUCCGCCAUCCUCACUCUGUUCAGUGUGUUGUUCACAGUUUUUCUUGCUCAGCAAAAAUAACCGGCGACUGGAAACUGGCAACUUGCAUUGAUUGUAUGUAUGUAGUGGAUCUGAGCGCUCCAAUACGUGCAUUGCUACGUCAAAUUUUACUUGACAAACAUGGAGGUUUAUUUUGGCCUACAUUGUCUAUAUAGGAAGAUUUGAGCUUUGAUAGCUUGACCUGCUGAAACUUUAUUUUUUGACAAUAAGAGGAGCCCCCACAUUGCUCAUUUUCUGCCAGCUGGAUUACAGGAUUGUAUGAUAACUUUUUAAGUUCAAGAUGCAAGUCCGAACGGUCCUUGAAGUGAAAGUUAUGGAUGUACAGAAGAAGCGGAAUCCCUCUAAACAUUACGUGUACCUCAUCAGUGUCACAUACUCUGACUCCACCUCUCAUGUCAUCUACAGGAGAUACAGCACUUUUUUUGAUCUCCAGAUGCAGAUCCUGGACAAGUUCCCAGUGGAGGGAGGGCAGAAGGACCCCAAAAAGAGAAUAAUUCCCUUCUUACCAGGUAAACUCUUAUUUCGGCGAAGUCAAGUCAGAGACGUGGCUGUGAAAAGGUUGAAGCAUCUUAAUGACUACUGCAGAGCUGUGAUGAGGCUCCCUAACCAGAUCUCCCAGAGUGAGGAGGUGCUGAGUUUCUUUGAAACCAAGGCUGAGGACAUCAACCCUCCUAAAGAGGACUAUGGGGGAUCCACCAAACACAAAUCAGGUUUGGAUGGUGCCGAUCCUAUGCUACUGGAGCAGUACAUGGUGGUGGCCAACUAUGAGAAGCAGGAGCCGGCAGAAAUCAGCCUGCAGGCCGGCAAACUGGUAGACGUCAUCGAUAAGAGUGAGAGUGGCUGGUGGUUUGUCAGUACAGCGGAGGAGCAGGGCUGGGUCCCUGCCACAUAUCUGAAUACCCACAGCAACACACGAGAUGACCUGGAGCUGGGCGCCUCCAAGUCCAGGGAAGUCACUAAGCACCGUAAGGCCCAUCUGAAGAGGCUGGACCGGAGAUGGACCCUGGGGGGAAUGGUCAGCAGGCAGCAGAGCCGAGAGGAGAAGUAUAUGACGGUGCAGCCAUACACCAGCGAGGGGAAGGAUGAGAUCGCCUUUGAGAAAGGAGUCAUCGUGGAGGUCAUCCAGAAGAACCUGGAGGGCUGGUGGUUCAUCAGGUACCAGGAUAAGGAGGGCUGGGCCCCGGCCUCCUACCUGAAGAAGGUGAUGGAGGACUUCUCUCCCCGUAGUAGUAAUAAGAAGACCCCUUUGACUGGCCCGGUGGAGAUAAUCAGCAACAUCAUGGAGAUCAGCAACCUGCUGAACAAGAAGGCCCUGAGUGAGAAGGACGUGCAGACAGACGGCCAGCCAGAGGACAACCCCCUAACCACCCCCUCCCUGGUCAAGAGGCAGAUCAGCCUGCCCAUACCGUGCUCUAGCUCGGACUUCAGCCCUGGUGCCGCACUGGUGGAUGUUAAGGGCAAACUAGAACCAGCCAUAGCCCGCAUCACUCCUCACAGAAUAGAGAUCGGCUCCCCAAUCCUCAGACAAAAGCCACCUCCUCGCAGAGAUGCAACUCUGGGAUUCAAUUUACCCUCGCCACCAGAGCCCCCUACUGUUGAAGCAGAGUACUACACCAUUGCAGAGUUCCAGUCCGUCAUUUCAGAUGGCAUCAGUUUUAAUGGAGGGCAGAAAGCAGAUGUAAUCGAGAAGAACUCUGGUGGCUGGUGGUAUAUCCAGAUUGGUGAGAAAGAGGGCUGGGCUCCCUGCUCCUACAUCGACAAACGAAAGAAGCCCAACCUAAACCGCAGAACCAGCACUCUGAGCCGGCCCAAAGUCCCACCCCCAGCCCCACCCGUCAAGAAGCAGGACUCUGAGGAGACUGUCCCUACCAGCAUUCCUGGAUCCGAGGCUCCAGAAUCCCCUGCAUCUCCCGGAAGGCCUGUGUACGAGGAGCCAGAAUAUGAUAUUCCUGCCAUUGGGUUUGAUCUGGAGUCAGAGUUUGAGUUCCUCAGGACAGAUGAGUCCUCAGCGGAUGGGAAGAACGAGGAUAGCUCCUCAGAGAAGGGCUCUCACCUUUCCUCCAAGCCAUCUCCGUCCUCUUCUCUCCAUAGCGCCUCCUUCAAGAUGGGCGAGUCGUCCGAGGACGUGGGGCAGGAAGAGGAGGAGCCUGAGGGAGAGGAGUGUAUCUAUGAGAAUGACUGCUUCAUGCCUUUCAGAGAGAUGCCUUAUACACAAUCCAGUGGCGACUCAGACUUCCUGAAGAUUAGUGCCCCGUUGGAGACUAGCAAAGCUGAAAACUCUCACUCCAUGUUUGGGGCAAGGAGAAAAGGGAAGACUAUCCAGCUGAACGGCAGCCGGUCCCUGUCUCAAACCAAAGCAGAGACCGGGGCAUCCAGCUCCAAACCUGCCUCUACAGAGUCCAAACCAGAUCUCUCCAAGCAGUCCAGGCCAAAGAAGGACAAAGAGGAGCACAAGAUGGGCUCCACCAAGUCCUCCACCAAACCUAAGCCAUUGGUCAGGCCUAAGCCCCAGCUGGCCAAGGCCUCCAGUGCAGAGAAAAUGGACAUCGGCAGCCUCCGGAGACAACUUAGGCCUACAGGCCAGCUGAAGAAGGGCUCCAGAGGAGAAGACUUUGAAACAGCCUCUGUCAUCUCCUCUGAGGACUCUGUGUCCUCCCACAGCACCUCCGACAUCUCCUCCAUCUAUUCUAAAGGCAGCCGGGGAGACUCAGACGAGGGCUGCAGUCUCUACCGCACCACAGAGGCCUAUGAGAAGGUCCAGGACUCAGAGAUGAGCUUCCCUUCCGGGGUGGAAGUGGAGGUGCUGGAGAAGCAGGAGAGCGGCUGGUGGUACGUCCGCUUGGGCGACAUUGAGGGCUGGGCUCCAACCUUCUACCUGGAGCCUGUCAGGCAGCUAGACGACAAAGCUGGGUCAGAGUCCGAUGGCACCCCUACCAAACUGGGCAGCCUGAGCAAGUCCAACAGCCUGGAGAAGAAUGAGCAGAGAGUCCAGGCCUUGAACAACAUCAACCAGAGCCUAAAGAGGAGCAUACCACCCAUCCCCUCCAAGCCCUUUGGCCUGUUCAAUGGCUCUCAGAAGAACGUUUUGAAACAGCAGCAGGUGGUCAGGCCUCAGUCGGUCUUUAUCUCCAAGCCAAUCAUCGACGGGCCAAACCCAGUAGGCUCCCUUAGGAGGGGUGAGUCACUCAAUUCCACUGACCACCCACGCUCUAGUCCCACCUUGCGCCGCAACGCUUCCUUUGGUACUACCCCACGGUGCCCAGUGUCGAAUGGUAACAUGGCAAACCGGAACAGACCCGGCACGGGAAGCUCCGAAUCACUGGGCCGGGGGACUCAGAGGAACGGUCUACCUAUUUCCACGGUGAAACCCAAAACCCACCUCAUCCACAACAACCUCCGUGAGGUGUAUGUCUCCAUAGCGGAUUACCAUGGUGAUGAGGAGACCAUGGGGUUCCCCGAAGGAACGACUCUGGAGGUUCUAGAGAGGAACCCUAAUGGGUGGUGGUACUGCCAGAUCCUAGACGGAGGUCGACCUCGAAAAGGCUGGGUCCCCUCAAAUUACCUGGAAAGGAAGAGCUAGUGACACACUAAUAUUCAGUGCAUGUGCAAUCAGGUCAGAGACCAUGGAAGACAGUGGAAAUGGACAUGGAAAGACACUGUUUUUUUACAGUGUAAAGAUGGAAAUCAGAAGAGACCAUUUAUAGUAUCAUUGAAGUGGUAUACUUUGUGUUUUCUAAACUGAGGGUGGCCAACCAAUCCUGCAUAUAAUUAAUUACUUGACAUUUUAUUAUUAUAAUCUGAAGUGACAAAGAAAAUACUUCAAAGUAUACUUUUUUGACAGGAUUUUAUCUAUUCACAGACAGCCGGGGGUUGGAACAAAUACCUUUGGCAUUAAAAUCAGCAAAAGAUCAAUCAAAUAUUUAACAAAAUAAUUAAACAAAGUGGUUGAUUUGAUGAAAUGUGCUUUUUAAUCCAAAAUGGAAUAAUAAUGGGAUUUGGACACCAUUGGAAGAGCUUUGGACAGCUUUGGCUGAUCAUGGUGAGAUUUUGUGAUAUGAUAACAUUACUUAAUGAUCUCCAAUGGGCUACAAAUUAUUCACUUCUAAUGAUAUUUGAUCAUAUAAUGUUUUUUAAAAUGAUUUCUUCUUUAAAGGUCCAACGCAGCCCUUUUUAUAUCAAUAUCAAAUCAUUUCUGGGUAAAAAUAAGUAGCUUACUGUGAUUGUUUUCAAUUAAAAUAGUCAAAAAUAAACAAAAAUAGCUUGUUAGCAAAUAGCAAUUGGUUUAUUAACUCAUUUACUCAAAUAGCUUUUACUCUAAAAGGGCAUUAUCAUAUUAUUUUACAAUUUCACAGUAUUAUUCCAACAUCAUAGUGUGUAAAUAUAUAUACAGUGCAUUUGCAAAGUAUUCAGACCCCUUCCCCUUUUCCACAUUUUGUUACG